UUGAAAUUGGUGGAAGCCGGAGAUGCGACACAAUUGGAAACUUGAUUGGCAAGUGUUCACGUGAAGAAAUUGUUCACCCAAAUAGCAAAAUGGAAAAACUUGUGGAUAAACAACUGAGUGACACUGGAACAAGCGAGGAAGAUGCUGUUCAAAUCAAGCCACAGAGAAUUAAACUGAAACUAAAACCAAAAAGUCCAUUUUCCCUGAACGUGGAGUUCCGACAAGCAGUGGACUAUCCGGUAGAUCUCUAUUACUUGAUGGAUUUAUCAAAAUCAAUGGAAGACGACAAAGACAAACUGGCAGCCCUUGGUAACUUGCUGGCAACCACCAUGCAAAACAUCACCAGCAACUUUCGUCUCGGUUUUGGCUCUUUUGUAGAUAAGGUUGUGAUGCCCUAUGUGAGCACUGUACCUCAGAAGCUUAAAGAACCUUGCACAGGAUGUGCUCCUCCAUACGGCUUCAAGAAUCACAUGCCGCUCAGUCUCAACACUGAAGAAUUUGAAAGGCAGGUUAAGGCUGCUAGUGUCUCAGGGAAUCUCGAUGCUCCAGAAGGUGGCUUUGACGCAAUAAUGCAAGCUAUAGUUUGUCACGUAAGUCAUUGCCAUGUUCUUGAUGGUCAUCUCAUUGUUUGUCAA